AUGUCGUUCACAUCAGCACCCACCGACCACACCGCUGCCGAGUAUCUGGCUCCGAACAAGAUGUUUGAUCUCACCGGCAAGGUCGCCCUCGUCACGGGAGGAGGCACGGGGAUUGGACUCAUGCAGGCGCGUGGCCUGCGUGCUGCCGGUGCCAAGGUCUACAUUGUUGGACGGAGGCAAGAAGUGCUGGAGCAGACGGCCAAGGUGCAUGGUUCCGACGAUCGACCCUUGGUCCCACUGAGCGGCGACGUGUCAACCAAGGAAGGCUGCCUCUCGCUUGCCGAUGAGUUCAGUAAGCAAGAGCAGAAGCUCGACAUCCUCAUCUCGAAUGCAGGCCAGGUGGGACCGCUCAACGAGGGCUCGACCACCGUCGAUGUCUCGGGCAAGUCGCAUCCCGAGCACCGCGAGCAACGUCUCUCCGCCGAAGAGUUUGCAGCCAAGUCGCUCGAGGAUAACUCGCCCGACGAAUGGGACCGCCUCUUCCGCAUCAACGUCUACGCGACCUACUUCCUCAGCCUCGCCUUCCUGCCGCUGCUCGCCAAGGGCACCCAAACCUCCACAGCCUGGUCGUCCACCAUCAUCACCACGGGCAGCAUCUCGGGCGUUGUCAAGCAGUCGCAGCGUCACAUCUCGUACAACGCAUCCAAGGCGGCGGUGCACCACGUCACCAAGAUGCUCGCCUUCGAGGUGGCAGCGACCACCACGGCCAAGAUCCGCAUCAACGCCGUCGCACCGGGCACGUAUGCAUCGCAGAUGACUGCGAGCGACAAGGAUGACGACACCAACAUGUCGAGCUUGAAGGGCAAGAUGGAUCAGAUGGCGCUCCCCGCAGGACGCCCUGGUCGCGAGGAGGAUAUGGUGCAGACGACACAGUUCCUCGCCAGCUGUCAGUAUCUCAAUGGCCAGGUGGUUUGUGUCGAUGGUGGUUAUACCCUCACUGAGCCCUGA